AUGGACGUCCAGGAAUACACCGCUGUUGCGUUCAAUGUAUAUGCGUCGAGAUAUGCUAGUAUUGCCGGCUACGUGCUCAUGCUCUACGACCACACAUUAACGUUCGACGAGGAGGUUAGGUUCAUAUGGGCGGCUCCGUGGACGUUACCGAAGACACUCUUUCUUAUCAUUCGUUAUUUCGUCCCAGCCUUCGUCCUUAUCCACCUCUGCCAGCUGACAGGACUGAGCACCUUCUCAGAUACAGUGGGUCUUUCCUUCGGUUUAGCGUAUAUAUACUAUCAUAAUACUGAUGGUUCCCCAGUUGCUUCCAUGGGUAUCAUCACCAUCGCCAUAGGAAAUUUCCUAGCUCUUAUGCAUAUAUGGAAUCUCUGGGAGAGAGGCGGACGGCUAAUGAUCCUAACGUCAUGUUUAUUCGUGGCAACCCAGAUAGCCAACCUCAUCUGCCUGACAUUCUCCCUUGUACAUAUCACCGAAUCUGUCUACUUCAAUCCCACUUUCUCAAUGUGCAUGCUAACGGAUCGCCACUCGGCAGGAAUCAUUUGGGCACCAGGGGUGGCGUUCGAAGCUGUCAUUUUUUCCGCUCUAUUCUGGAACGCGCUCUCCCGACCUCGGUAUCUAGAGGAUGAUUUCACUAAAAUCCUUUACAGAGAUGGAUUCGCGUAUAUUCUGGUUGUCUUUGUUCUUCGAUUAAUGAAUCUCAUUCUAUCUUUUGUUGCACCGCUCUCCCUUAUUUUUCUGGGAAUAUUUUUUAUUUGGUGUUCGACCACCAUGACAGUGACGCGGCUGGUUCUCGACGUCACUGGGAUGGCCGAAAAGAGGACUUUACAUAUGUUCCAGGUCGAACUAACACGGUUUGAAUACAAUGAUGAGGACGGUGAACCAUAA